UCGUUUUCUAACUAGGUUGGUGGACGCCGUCAUUUGAUUUUCGCGACACGACACCAACUCGACCUACUCAACAGAGCAAAAAGCUGGUACGUGGAUGCGACCUUCAAGCUGUACCGUCAGCCGUUUACCCAGCUGUUAACAGUCAACGCCUUCGUAAAGGCAGUUGACUACGUCAAGCAGGUGCCGUUGGUUGUUUGUCCUUAUGUCGGGCAAACGGAAGCGUGAUUACAGAGCUGUUUUCCGAGAGCUGCUAGAGCUGUUACCAUCCCCAGCGCUACGACAAGUCACGCUAGACUUCGAGUGUGCAGUAUGGAAGGUACUUCGACAACUGCUCCCAGACGUCAAACUACUGGGGUGCGUCUUCCAUUGGACUCAAGCCGACUACGUAUCGAGCACCUGGAUCGAAAGCAACACCUGGCUGCCAUCCUCUUGGUCAGUCUUUAUGCAGUCGGUCAGGACCAACAAUGAUGUGGAAGGUUGGCAGCUCGGUCUGCACACCAGAGCCCAGGGCAAGAGCCAGCUACCCAUGUACUUACUUAUCUACCUGCUCUACAAAGAAGCCAAACUAACUUCCCUGAACGUGCAUAUGGUCGCAGAAAAGAAACUUCGACGAGUUCAGCGGCGCAGAUAUCGUCAAAUCCAGGCUAAGGUAUUUUCACUGUGGGGACAAUAUGAAGAGGGCGACAAGACAGUGAGACAACUUCUCAAGGCUUGUUCAUUACUUGUUGGGCCGAGAGGCGCUUAA